ACCGCCGCCUCCCCGCGCGCGGUAGAGCCAGCCUCCCGGGACUCCCGAACUCGGACCCGUUCCCAGCCCUCCAGACCGCCCGCGGGAACCGAACCUACGCGCGGGGCCGAGUGGGCCCCGGGCCUCCGAGAGGAAGGUGCAAUGACCAGGAAUUUAUCUGUGAUCAUGAUCCUCAUCUUUGCCCUUUGGGUCACAAAUCCCCUUCAAGACCUACAGUCAGCAGCUGCUUUCUCUCAGACCACCGAGAAAAUUAAUCCAAACUGGGACUCUGGCAUUAAUGCUGACUUGGCAGUUACCACGCAGCAGCAUCAUCUGCAGCAGCUUUUCUACCGCUAUGGAGAGAACGGCUCCUUGUCAGUUGAAGGGUUCAGAAAAUUGCUUCAGAACAUAGGCAUAGACAAGAUUAAAAGAGUCCACAUACACCAUGACCACGACCAUCACCCAGACCACGACCAUCACUCUGACCAUGAUCAUCAUGCUGAUCACGAUCAUCAUGCUGACCAUGAGCAUCACUCGGACCGUGACCAUCACUCCCACCACAGUCAUGCUGCUGCUGGUAAAAACAAUCGGAAAGCCCUUUGCCCAGACCGUGACUCUGAUAGUUCUGGCAAAGAUCCUAAAAGCAGCCAAGAGAAAGCAUCUCACCGACCAGAUCACAUGGAUGGUAGAAGGAGUGUCAGGGAGGGGGUAGGUGCAAGUGAAGUGACCUCAGUUGUAUAUACCGCCAUCUCUGAAGGAACCCACUUUCUAGAAACGAUAGAGACUCCGAAACCAGGAAAGCUCCCCAAAGAUGUCAACACUACCUCUCCACCCAGCAUCACCGAGAAGAGUCGAGUGGGCCGGCUAAGCCGACUCGCUAGUAGGAAAAGCAAUGGGUCUGUGAGUGAGCCCAGAAAGAGCUUUAUGUAUUCCAGAAACACAAACGACAAUAUUCAGGAGUGUUUCAAUGCGACACGGCUGCUGACAUCCCAUGGCAUGAGCAUCCAGGUUCUGCUCAAUGCAACAGAGUUCAGCUACCUUUGCCCAGCCAUCAUCAAUCAAAUUGAUGCUCGAUCUUGUCUGAUUCAUACGACCAGUGAGAAGAAGGCUGAAAUCCCUGCAAAGACCUACUCUUUACAAAUAGCCUGGCUUGGUGGCUUCAUAGCCAUUUCCAUCAUCAGCUUCCUGUCUCUGCUGGGGGUUAUCUUGGUGCCCCUCAUGAACCGGGUGUUUUUCAAGUUUCUCCUGAGUUUCCUUGUGGCGCUGGCUGUUGGAACUCUGAGCGGAGAUGCAUUGUUACAUCUUCUCCCACACUCCCAUGCAAGUCACCACCACAGUCACAGCCAUGAAGAGCCAGCAAUGGAGAUGAAAAGGGGUCCACUGUUCAGUCAUCUGUUGGCUCAGAACAUAGAGGAAAGCACCUAUUUUGACUCUACGUGGAAAGGUCUGACAGCUCUAGGAGGCUUGUACUUCAUGUUUCUGGUUGAACAUGUACUCACAUUGAUCAAGCAAUUUAAAGAUAAGAAGAAAAAGAAUCAAAAAAAGCCUGAAAAUGAUGAUGACAUGGAGAUUAAGAAGCAGCUGUCCAAGUACGAAUCUCAGCUUCCAGCAAAUGAGGAGAAAGCAGACGCGGAUGAGCGACCUGAAAGCUAUUUACAAGCAGAUUCCCAAGAGCCCUCCCCCUUUGAUUCUCAGCAGCCAGCAAUGUUGGAGGAGGAGGAGGUCAUGAUAGCACAUGCUCACCCACAAGAAGUCUACAAUGAAUACGUGCCCAGGGGGUGCAAGAACAAAUGCCAUUCACAUUUCCAUGAUACACUGGGCCAGUCCGAUGACCUCAUUCACCACCAUCACGACUACCACCAUAUUCUGCACCACCACCACCACCAAAACCACCACCCCCACAGCCACAGCCAGCGCUACUCUCGGGAGGAGCUGAAGGAUGCUGGCAUUGCCACUUUGGCCUGGAUGGUGAUUAUGGGGGAUGGCCUGCACAACUUCAGCGAUGGUCUUGCGAUCGGUGCAGCGUUCACUGAAGGCUUAUCCAGUGGGCUAAGCACUUCUGUUGCUGUGUUCUGUCACGAGCUGCCUCAUGAGUUAGGUGACUUUGCUGUUUUACUAAAGGCUGGCAUGACUGUCAAGCAGGCUGUGCUCUAUAAUGCCCUGUCGGCCAUGCUGGCCUAUCUUGGAAUGGCCACAGGGAUUUUCAUUGGGCAUUAUGCAGAGAACGUUUCUAUGUGGGUAUUUGCACUCACCGCUGGCUUGUUCAUGUAUGUCGCUCUGGUUGACAUGGUGCCCGAGAUGCUGCAUAACGACGCAAGUGAUCAUGGGUGCAGCCGCUGGGGGUAUUUCUUCCUGCAAAAUGCUGGGAUGCUUUUGGGUUUCGGAAUUAUGUUACUUAUUUCCAUAUUUGAACAUAAAAUUGUGUUUCGUAUAAAUUUCUAA